GGGAGUGUUUUGUGGCCGCGCGGACAUUCGUGCUUCUCCGUAGUGCGUCCACAUAGUGCCGACGCGAGGCUCAGGUGCGAAAACAAGUCUGAUAUUUAGUUCGCUGUCAGUUGGCUGGACGAUCAUUUGCCGGUACGUCCAGGCAAGAGGACACGUCAGGACUGUCAGUACUAAACUUGUUGCAAGAAGUUAUCGUAACAGCAGUUCCUUGAUUGCAUAACUGUGCAAAUCGCUGCAGAAGACGGUGUAUUUGAACAGAGUCGCAUAACAUAUCAAAGAUCAAGCUGUGUGAUAUCUUCAGUGCUACUUCUUUCACCGACAAUUCAAGUCACGUGACUUCAACUGGCCGGCAGCUACUAUUUGACCUCGGUGACCUCGGUGACCUCAACUGAAGGUUGCUCUCCAUGUACGACGGCGUAGAGGAGAUGAAGUUCACGAGGCCCGUCACCCCCGGCUCCGUUCGACCCGUCAGACAUUCGUCACACUCAGCAACGAUAUCAUAUACAGCUAAACAGAGGAAGCUCGAUGCCAACCGGUAUGCCACCAAGAAGACGAUCGCCCAGGGGAUGCUGGACGUGGCGCUGCUGACGGCCAACGCGUCCCAGCUGCGCUACGUCCUCCAGGCGGGAGAUCAGCACGAGUUCUACACGCUGAUGGUGACCCUCAUCAGCAUCAGCAUCGCUCUACAGUCGAUCCAGGCGUUGGCGAACGUCGCCCUCACCGUGAUGGACAUGGUCGAGAAACAUCACGACCUCGCCUACAGCCUCUGUCGCUGGCGCAACGCGUUCAACAACUUCACCAUGGUGCUGGCCUCCUGUACCAUCAUCGUGGACGCAAUCUGGAACGGCUUCGGCUGGGACAGCUCGCGGCACGUGCCCAAAGGAUACGAGGGUGUGGCGGGGCUGCCAAGAGGCGACCCGGAGGCUGAAGCCGUGGCUGCAGCCGCCGCCGCCGCCGCCGCGUAUGAUGAUAUACUACCUUAGCGUGCAAUAGUGCGGUGAAAUAAGAGGACAGGCCGGUCGAGUGUGUUAAAGUGUCGUUAUACAUACGGUAUAAACUAAGCGCGAACCAGUGGAUGGUCUUCAUAGACGUGAUAUUUGAGGUUAUCCGUUGAAUAUGAAUAUUGCAUAAUGCAUAUGCUACCUAGAAGGCAAGACACUGGAGUGCUGGUCCAAUCAACGAAGGUUUCAGUGGUAUGUCUGCCUGUUUGUCUAGCAUUCAUAUUACGAAAUCUGAUGUGCUUAGCUUUCGUGUGAUUUUACUCUUUCGUAAAACGUGAAUGCUAAGAUCAACAUGUACAUAAAUCAUUUUGAAUGAUGAAAUAUGAGCAUGUACAUUGUACAUACAUUAGCAAAGCAAAACAUUGCAUGUCGAUUGGCGAGUUAUUCCUGCAAACUUUCAAUUUAGAAACGGUUCACGUGUUGCAUUGUUUGUUUAGCCUAUAAAUGCCCUGAGAUUCUAUGAUCGUUGCAUGGUAAUAAACAGUAUAACAAAUCAUGCCUAGUAAAUGUUAACCAAGUGUCUGUAAGUAUGCUACGCGAUGCUGGUGACCGUUCUUACAACAUGAAAAUUACUGGCUGGGAUGUGCUGUAAGAACCACGUCAUGUUUCAGAUGCGUAAAUUGUUUUUGAUUAAUAUAAAAUUCCUCCACUAGCAA